CGGCGGGACUCACCUCGUGGCCUCGGCGUCGUCCCCUCGGCUCAUGCCCCAGAAACAGGUCCCGACCCCGCAGCCCGACGGCCCUCCAGGCGCGUCCACCUCAACGUCGCCCGCUGCCAGGCCGUCCGUGACGCGCUACGCCUGCGCCGCCGCGCCGCCCCGUGACGUCAUGGCGCCCGCGCCGCCGCCGUCUCCGCGGUCGCGUGUGUCUUUUCCUAGUAGCCUGGGCGAAAGCUGUCUUUAUAGUGAAUGUUCACAAGGAUUGUCUUCCGGCAUGGCCUUGGGAUUAAGAUGCUUCCGCUUGGUCCACCCUGUCUUUUGUAACUCCUUUGCAGCCUUGACCAGACCUGUUUCAGAAGUGACGCUGAAGACAGUGAGUGGCAGACAAAGUGACCAUGGACAAUACAUGGCCUCACCAGCUGUACCAAUCCGUUAUUUCGCUACCAAGAAAGCCAAAGCCAAAGGGAAAGGACAGAUCCAAACCAGAGUGAAUCUGAAUGCUGCCUUGGUUGAGGAUAUAAUCAGCUUGGAAGAGGUGGAUGAAGAAAUGAAGUCUGUGACAGAAGCGCUCAAAGAUAAUUUCAAUAAGACUGUCAAUAUAAGGACCUCACCAGGAUCCCUUGAUCAUAUCACUGUGGUAACUGCUGAUGGGAAGCUUGCUUUAAACCAGAUUGGCCAGAUCUCCAUGAAGUCUCCACAGCUGAUUUUGGUGAAUAUGGCCAGCUUCCCAGAGUGUACAGCUGCAGCUAUCAAGGCUAUAAGAGAAAGUGGAAUGAAUCUGAACCCAGAAGUGGAAGGGACGCUAAUUCGGGUGCCCAUUCCCAAGCUGCCAGCGUGGAACCUGUCUUCCUGCUCUGUGGCCUCCUUGUCUAGCUGCCGUAUCGCCUAGUGGCUCUUGUACCAGAGAAGUGUGUAUGAUGGGUACAUUCCAGGAAAUACCCUUUUCUUACACAACCCACACACGUACGGACCUUUAGCAGUCUUGAAAGGGAAAAAAAGGUGAGAGAAGAAUGCCUGAUGACCUCAUUUGGGCUGGGGCGGCCACAGACUGCGUUUGAGCAACUACAGCUGCUUUUCCUUCCCCUUUCUUCCCACCGCCUGCCUGCCAUCGCUGCUUUCUCAGGGCCACUCAUUGUGCUGGAUGAGUUCCAUCCGGCACAUUGUUUCUCUGUGCCUUCCAGUCCUGCAGGGGCCUCCGUGCGGUGUUAGGGUGCCCGCCUUCUCCUCUGUGGUGUUGCUUCCUACCCGGCCUGCAGCUUGUUAGGCUCGCCUCCUGCUAUUUCGGGAUCCACGUGUGUGAAACGGGCCUCGCUCCCCGCACGUAAGUUCUGGUUGAAACACAUAAGAAAGUGCAAUCCGGAAUUGAGUGGAGCAUGGACUGAGGAGAAAGUGCCACCAACACCUGUGUAAAAGCUGCACCCCAAAGGACAGGCUCCUCUUCUCCCUGCCCCUCCUCUGUCCUCUCCCCUUCGUGUCCUGCCCCUGUUAUAGAACAUGGCAAUUGACUGCUGAGGUCCGAUCACUUUUCCAUUGCAGUCCUCUCUGGAUUCCCUUUCUCCUUUCUUCCCGCUGCACUUGGACUUAUAGGGGAGCUGGAGCAAUAGUAAUGAACUGUAUAUCUAAGCAGGCCUUAACGUAACAGCAGUGCUGUUCCGAUCACUCCCACCAGUAAGAAUAGCUGCUUCGAUUUGUCUGGCACCAACAAAGAAUGCAAGGGCCAUCUGCACUGGGCUCGGAUCCCAGGUCUACCAGCAACUUGCUGAGUGGCCUUGGGCAGGUUACUUGAUCUGGCUGAGCCUCCCUUUUCUUAUCUGUGAAAUCCAGGUAGUAGUGCCAGUGUGUCAUAAGAGCGUUGUGAGGAUUUAUGGAGCUAAUGCAUGAAGAGUGUAUCAGCUCAGAGGCUGGCACAGGGAAAGAGCUCUGCAAAUGUUAGUUAUCAUUAUUUUUACUGGAGGGGAGCAGCUACCAUCCGAGUCAUGUCUAGGCGAAUGCAAGUGUGAUAAUAAUAAGGUUCUUCCUUAUCUCACUAUCGUGCUUUAUUUUCAUUAUAGCUCUUCUGUUUCAUUUUAUGGAUUUAUUAUUUCUCUCUCUCCUUCACUAGAAUGUGGACAGGAAGAGCUCUAUCAGCUGUAUCCCUAGCCCCGAAACAGGGCUUAGUGCGUAGUAAGUAUGCAAAAAUGCCAUCAGUGUUUAUGGAAUAAUGGGAUUAAAUGAAUAUGAGCACUUGCUGUAUGCCCACUGCUAUUCCAGAUGCUACUCGUAUCAGCUAAUAUAUUCCUAACAGUCUUUUGAGGUAGGUAUAUUAUUAUGCCUCUUUUACAGAUGAAGAACCUGAGUCAUAGGGGAAUGGAGCUCUUUGGGCCCAGUGUUACACAGUAAGUGGAAAAGCAGGCAGUCUUUCUCUGAGCCAGGGCUUGACCCCCUGUGCUGUGCACUCGCUCAGUAGGAGACAUCACCAUUAUUUUUAUCACUGAUAUUAUCAAUAGCUUUUAAGUAGUUAAUACCUACACAGUCAGCAUUCUUUAACCAUCCUCUCUCAUUUGCUCCUAACACUCACUGUGGAAGAAAGGUAACAUUUUUAUUACUCCCCCUUCAUUUGACAGUUGAGGAAAUAAGAACAGAUAGUGUUUAUUGAGCACAUCGCCGUGUACCAGCAUGUUUAUGAGCUCUUCUAAUCCUCACAACAAUCUCAUUAAGUUAAUGGUAUUACACGCAUUUGACAGAUGGGAAAACUGAGGCAAAGAGGUAGAAUGACUUGCCCAGGGCCGUGCAGCUAAGAUGUGAUGGAUCUGAGCCUCAAACCCCAGCAGUCGGGCUUUAGGGACUGCUCUCCUGUGUGCCCACUGGGCAUCUUCUCAAUUCAGAGAGGACAAGUUACAUGUACACAGCUACCCAGCUUGUAAGUGGCGGGGCUGGGAUUGGAAAUCAAGUCUGCCUUUACCACCAGACCCGUGUUCUUUCUCUACCUGCAUGAAACUUGGGUUUCCAUCCUGCUGGGGUGACAAGAAGAAGUCAGCGGACUUAAUCACGGUCACUGUGCUGAGAAUGUGGAGAUGUGGCCCCCGACCUCACCUCCUUUCUCUUUCCAUCCUGCUGGGCUGUAUUUCAGCACAGUAUGUCUGGGUCAGCCAGGCCUUUAAGAGGCACGGGACGGUCGUCAGAAAGCAGGUGGCCAGUUGUGUCCCCAGAGAGAACUGAAGUUACCGCUGGUGGUAGAAGUCCCUCCAAAGUGCGCGUACGAUUUUCUUUGGGCUAAAAGGACACCUGAUGUCCUUAGGAGACAUCAGUGUAUGUGAAACAGGCUGGUGAGCUGGCAGUGGCGGGGGUGAGGCAAGAGGGGAUGGGGAAGUUGUAUACCUAGAAGCAUAGGAAGUCUGGCUGGGCUACACAAACAAAAACAUUUCCUUCAGGGCCAGUGGCCCCAAGGCAUCGGGCAGCGCCCACCGGCAAACAAUAAAGUCGGGCGUGUGUCCGCAGCUGAUUGCGGGCUGAUGCCCCUACUGGGGGGGAGGGGGCUCCCAGAAGCCGGUGAGGCGGUGGUGAGGUUUCUCUCAGUGGAGCUGUCAGACAUGUGUUUUGAUGGGCUGUUCCUUGGAUGUGCAGCUUCCUUCCCCCUCAGCCCGACCCCCACAGCUGCUGGACCCCAACUCACACCUCCCACCGCCUGCUCUCCUCUGUUCCCAUUCUUUCCCUCUCCGCUUAAGCUGCUAAAUCCUUUUGACGGUUUUCUCCCUCACGAUUCAUGUCCUGUUAGUAUCCCCAAGCCCUGGAGAGCCUGUGGUAAGAGUAAGAAUGCAGCCACCCCGCAGUGAGUGCCUAUGGUGCACCCGCUGGCCGUGCGCCAGGCCCUUGCCACCACCAUUUCAUUUAAUCCUUGCUUCUGCCCCCGUAGUAACAUUCUUCCUCCCGCUUCACACGCGGAGAGCCAGUUUGGAGAUGUUGAACAGCAUGCUGACAGUUCUGAGGCUGACUAGCAGCAGAGUGAGGAUUCCAAUUCGAGGUCUUCUUGGCUUUAAAGCAUGUUUUCCCCACCUUUUAAAGACCCCUGUGAGUAACCAGCGAUCCUUGUGAAGUCUAGUGUCUGACAUAUCAUAACUGGGUUUUACUGUAACUGCCCACGCUGAGCACAGCUUCCUCUAAUACACACCUGGUGGAUAGCUUUGUACAUGUGUCCAGUUCUCGCUGAAACAAUAGGAAGUAUCAUUUCAAUCCGGGUGAUUCUCUGCUGUGUGAGUUACCAUCAGGGCAUGCCCUGUGCUUAUUGUUCAUGCUCAAGGAAUUUUGCAGGAAGGCCCCCAUCCAGGAUGUUACUGGAAGACCUGCCUGGUGGAGUAUGUACAAACAAAGUGUGACCCUGCCAGCUCAGCCAAAACCCCUGCCUUAUGUGGGGAGGCUCUCUGACCCUAGCGGAAAAGGCUGCUGUCUUCAUCAUCCAGCCAAGAAGCUGUUCCAGGGUGGGUCCACCGCUUUCCAUCUGCCUGCCUACAGACUCCUGGGUAGACUUCUGCCAUGUGCUUAGAUCUUGUUUGUACAUCACUAUCUACUCAAAAUACAAAUCUGGUCACGUUUCCUGGGCCUCACUCAGGCUCCUGGAACUCCACAUUGUUCUUAGAAUAAUCUGCUAGGACUCUUUUAGACUUUUUUAUUGUGGUAAGAUAUACAUCCAAAUUUACCAUUACUGGGGCGCCUGGGUAGCUCAGU